AUCCGUCUUUAAGGCUACCAAGAGUCACCGAGUGCCAGUCCUGGCACUCGUCGAAAAGCCGAUAUAACGUCCGAACCGCAGAAAAUCAAGGUCUCACUUUACUUCCAUUUUGAAGAGAACACCCCGGGCUAUCAGCCUAUGAUAAAAAAGGAAUACAGUCGCAUCGGGAAAUUUUUUCAGAUGGUCUAAUUUUCCAAAGAUCUCCUAGAAAACCUGUUUCAGAAAACCCUUUUGAAAACAAUUUUGGUUACGAAAACAUGUCUCCAAGUCUCCUCUUUCGAUGAGACGAUAACCAGGACGCAAACUGGAGCUCUCUAGCUCUUUUUUAUCACAAGUUAUUCAAAAAAUAGCCAGAGAAACUGUUUUUCGGUGUGGAUAAUAGUUUUUGUAUAAGGGUUGGAACUAUUAUUUGCAUGCCAUAAUAUUCGCUGAAGUGUCGGCUUCAAAAGUAUAACUCGCGUUUUUUCAAAUUUCAUUCAUUUUUCCUAAAAAGUUGGAAUUUUGCCCGUAAUUCUCGAUCAGAACUCAACGUGUAUAUGAUAAAAAUAUCAUAUUUGGAAUCAAACUUUUUCGCCUCUCAUUUAGAAAAUAUGAAUUUUCUUAGCAAUGAAACAAAAUUUGAAAAAAACAUGAGUUAUACUUUUGAAGCCGACACUUCAGCGAAUACCAUGGCAUGCAAAUAAUAGUUUUAAUCCUUAACACAAACAUUAGAUAGGUUUUCAAAAUUAGGUGGGCGCAUUUUAGAAACUCGAUUUGGGACGUCCCUGCCAGAUCGGCCUUAAAGGUUCAAAUCGAUUAAACACCGUUUUUAAACUGAGGUUUUUUAAAAUUAUGAAAAAAAUAAUCAUUUUUUUCUCACUCCUUUUAUCCUAUUGGUAAAGAUAGUCUUUACCCAUAUCUAUAAUUAAGAAAAUAACCGGCAAGAAGAUUUGAAUUGUUUUUGUUUCUUUUUCAGACCUUGUUGACCAUGACGACAUAAAAAAUGAGCUGGUUAAAAAUCAUGAUGCAUUACCAACAAUCAUUAAAACUUCAAUAGCUAAAGUUGAUGACCCAGCGCCAAUGCAAAUACUCUAUUCGAUGUCAUUCAAUCAAGAAGCACUUGAUGGUCUCAAAGAUGAUAAAGAUUUUCUAGAACACGUUAAAGAACAAGAAAAAUCAGAUAAUCAAGAUGUACAAAUAGCAGCAAAAGGUAUAUAUAGCACGAUUUCUCUGAAAAACUAG